UUUUGCGUUUAAUUCAUCUACCUAAAUCAAUAUGGUUCAUUGGAUUGGGGCGAUAUUUAAUUUAUUAGAAUGGUUUGUUACCGUGUAGAAUGGAUACAGCGCCGAGGCUUCACAACAGCAAUUGCUUAUAUAACAUUACCCCAGGCAGGUAUAUUAUCCCUCUGCCAUGAUAGGACCAUUACUACCUACUACUCACCUCUAAAUCAAGCCCAGAUACAUACCUAGUUGUAUUCAUCAGGCUAAAAGGGGGUCUCCUUGGUCUGGAACCAACUUCUAUUUACCCCUGAGAUUCCAGAGACAGAAAUAGCCUCUCCCCGCAUUGUUCAUACCAUCUACAUAUUUGGGUUGCAUUAGCCAUUUCCCAUCUUAGCCGCAAGACUUCAGAUACCAUGCAAAGAUGGACUGGAAGAUCACGUAUAACUAUGUGGGUAGAGCCCUCGUGAACCUAGCUGUCCUCCUUUCAAAGGUAAACUGAAAGGUAGAACUAUCCCCGAACCAAUAUGGCUUCUAGGGCGGUACUGAGUUUGAUCGCGCUCUUAGCCAUUGAGCCUAUACUGGCAAGGGACUUUCCUAAUUGCCAAUCUGGACCUCUUGCUUCCAAUCAAGUGUGCAACACGACACUGGAUCCAUGGUCUAGAGCAGCAGCGCUCAUAGCUCAAUUCAGCUCCAGCGAGAAGAUAUCCAAUUCCUGGGAUAACUCGCCAGGGGUCUCCCGCCUAGGCGUCCCCGCGUACGAAUGGUGGAAUGAGGCGUUGCACGGCGUGGCCCGGUCUCGGGGCGUGCAGUUCGCGACCUCGGGCAACUUCAGCUACGCGACCUCCUUCCCGCAGCCCAUCACGAUGGGCGCCGCCUUCGACAUGCCGCUGAUCCGCUCCGUCGCCGAGACCACAAGCACCGAGGCGCGCGCCUUCUCCAACGCCGGCCGCUGCGGCCUCAACUUCUGGACGCCCAACAUCAACCCAUUCCGGGACCCGCGCUGGGGCCGCGGGCAGGAGGUGCCCAGCGAAGACCCGUACCACAUGAGCCAGUACGUGAUGCAGCUGAUCCCGGGUCUCCAGGGCGGCCUGCAAGCCGACCCCUAUUACAAGCUCGCGGCCACGUGCAAGCACUACGCCGGCUACGACAUGGAGAACUGGAAGGGCAACCGCCGCUACGCGUUCGACGCCAAGAUCAGCAGCCAGGACCUCCAGGACUACUAUCUGCAGCCGUUCCGCGCGUGCAUCCGUGAUGCCAAUGCCCAGUCGGCCAUGUGCAGCUACAACGCCGUCAAUGGGGUGCCGACCUGCGCCGACCCCUGGCUCCUGCAGGAUGUUCUGCGGGGCUUAUACGGCUUCACCAGCGAGGACCGCUGGGUGACAGCCGACUGCGAUGCUUUGGGUAAUGUGUGGACGGACCAUAGGUACGGAGGGUCGGCAGCAGGGGCGGCAGCGGCAAGCCUGAACGCGGGGACGGAUUUGGACUGUGGUCAGUUCUGGCCGCAGAACCUGCCCUCAGCAUAUAAUUCGCGGAUGUUUAAUGAUAGCGUGCUUGACCGCUCGCUGAUCCGGCGAUACGCGUCUAUGGUGCGUCUGGGGUGGUUUGACCCUCCAGCCCAGCAGCCAUACCGUCAGAUUCAGUGGGAUGCUGUCGCAGUGCCCGAGGCUAAGGAACUGGCAUUACGUGCAGCGCAGGAGGGGCUGGUUCUUCUAAAGAACAAUGGCAGCACGCCGUUGCCCUUGGCCGAGACGAUCAAGCGUGUGGCUGUCAUCGGACCCCUCAGCACUGCCACGACGCAGAUGCAAGGGAACUACUACGGCAUAGCGCAGAGUAUUUCCACAGUAGUCUCUGCCUUCAAGGCGGCUGGAUACGAAGUCACGAAUGUACAGGGGUGUGCCAUCACUGGAACGGCGACGAAUGGCUUCGCUGCAGCGGUGAGCGCAGCUAAGGCAGCAGAUGCAGUGGUGUAUGUCGGUGGAGUCGAUACUAGCAUCGAGGCCGAAGACCGCGACCGUGAACAGAUUACUUGGCCCGGACAGCAGAUACCCCUGAUGAAGCAACUAGCUGCUGGUAAAGGAGGAGACAAACCGUUCGUAGUCGUGCAGAUGGGUACUAUGCUUGACAGCUCCGAGAUAGCCGCAGAUAGCGGUGUCAACUCGCUGCUGUGGGCUGGGUAUCCAGGACAAGACGGUGGCGCGGCGGUGGUCAGCAUUCUGACGGGCGAGAAAGCGCCCGCGGGAAGGUUGCCGGUUACGCAGUAUCCUGGAGACUACGUUAACCAGGUCCCCAUGACAGACAUGAACCUACAAUCUAGCACCAGUAACCCCGGACGGACAUACAAAUGGUAUACUAAAACGCCGGUCUUCCCUUUUGGCCACGGAUUGCAUUACACAAGCUUUGGUGUCUCGCUGCCGGAAGACCUCCCUACCACGUUCUCAAUAGCGGACUUGACGUCGAACGUUUCUUUCACAGAGAUUGGCCCAGUGGCCUCGGGCAACUACCCAGACCUUGCACCGUUCUUCUCCCUUCCAGUAUCGGUAGCAAACACAGGAAACGUCACGUCCGACUACGUCGCGCUAGCAUUCCUGAAAGGAGAGUAUGGAACGGCGCCGUACCCGCUCAAGAGUCUGGUGGCGUUCACUCGGAUCCACGAUAUUAAGCCGGGCGAAACAGGGAGUGCGACGUUGGAUAUUAAGCUAGGCGCAAUUUCUCGCAGUGACAAGGACGGAAACUUGACACUCUGGCCGGGAAAGUAUAGAUUGGUGCUAGAUAUCGAUGAUAAAGCUGGCUGGGACUUUGAGAUCACGGGAGACCAGGUUGUGCUGGAGAAGUUGCCGCCAAAGUCGAAGUAGGGGAAGGAAGAAAAUAAAAAGAAGAUUUAGGAACAUUAAGAUGGAAUAAAUGAUGAGCCUGG